AUGAACUACGGUGGUUAUUCAGACGUGUCUCAAGGAGGCGCUUCCAAUCCGCGACAAGCUCCUCCAUCUCCGUCCCCAGGGCUUCCUCACACUAACGGAAUGAAUGGCGGUAUGGCUGCCGGAGCGGCCCUUGUUGGGUAUCCCACACCCGCAGGUCACCAAUCCGACCUCAAUUAUGUUAUGUCUAUGGUCGAAGAGUUAUCUGGUAUUUUACGUGUGAACCAACAACUUACUGCCAAUGUCGUCGACAAGAUGGGCAAAGUUCGGGAGCGGGCGAAAAAUCUUGAUUUGAGUAAUGACGAACUGAUUGCUGUUGUGGCCCAAGAACUGAAUGAAGAGUCUGAGAAUUUGGAAAAAGAAAAUUCGGAGUUGCGCAAAGCUUUAGACAGCACAGAUUUUAACAAGAAAGAAAAUUGGAAGCUCGCCGUUCACGGUGCAGAGAUUCUAGCUGACGUCGCUGAGAAGCUCCAUAGGUUUAAAGAGCAACAUGAAUCCGAUACUCUAGCCUGGCAUAAGAAUUACCGGAAGCAGCUUGCAGAAGAGCGAGAAGAGAAUCUGAGUCUUCGCAACCAAAUCAACGAUAUGAAAGCUUCGGCUUCUCGAGCGAGCGAUAACUUGCGCCAAAUGAGACGUUUUGUUGCCGACAAUGAUCAAUGGACGGAACUUGAGGUUGAAAACCACCGCCUUCGAACGGAAAAGCGGUUCUGGAAGAGGAUGGCAUUGCCAUUGAUACCAGACAACGAUUCUGAAUGGAGUGAUGAUGACGAUUUGAUCGAUCCGGAAGAAAAGAAACGCGAAUUUAUCAAGCGAGAGAAGGAGAGGAAGGACAAGGAAGAUAGUGAGGAUCAGCUUGCUUGA